AUGGUUGCUGCUGGCCAUACAUCGGCUGCUGCUGGUACUGCUGGUAAUACGGUUGUUGCUGCUGGUAUUAGAAUCUGCCAGACUGCAAAUCGUGCAUCGCCACAUGGCGUCGGUGGCUGUGCUUAUGAUUUUUGGAUGACGGCAGCCGACGGAAGUGACGGUCCGCAGCAAGGUCAGCAAGAUGGCGCAGCUCAGCUUUGCAAGAGGAGGCGAAAACCCGCUCUGUUCAGAUCGGCAGCAACCCAUUCUUUGCAGCUAUCUCGACAGCUUGCAACUUGA